AUGGUGUUGUUUCCAAGCAUCAACAAGCUCGCCAACCCAAAUACGGUAGGCGGGCUUCCUGGAGGAAGACGGAGACGUUUGUUCAUUCCUCCCUCCACACAGUAUCCAUUAUUUCUCUAUGGGUUAGGUGAAGAUCAGAGAUCUUUCUUAUCAAUGAUCGAAAGCGGUUCCGCUAUAGGUGUUGAACACGAGAUCAGUGAUGCUGCCAGUGUCAGCACCUCACGUUCUUUACCGUCUACUUUGAGCUCAGUACAUACUGGCGAAGACCAAGAGUCAUUUCAUAGUUGGUUGGUAGAAGAGCACCAGAGGCGAUAUAUGGCUGUAGAAGAGCUGGAAGAAGCACUUUCUGCACGAAGAACGGAAUCUAGAUCAACUCAUCGUUCGUCAUUCUCGUCCAUAAUCUCCUACAACCAGUUAGAAGACUUCAUAAAUCUAAAAACGAACUACUACAUAGAAGGAAAAAUGAUUCUCAGAUAUGCCAUACCCUUAAUUAUUACAUUUGUCUUGGAACACUUCUUUUCCAUAGUGUGUUUAUUAGUGGUAGGACACCUCGGUAAGAACGAAUUGGCAGCGGUAUCGUUGGCUACGAUGUCGUCUACUAUUACGUUUGCUAUUUUUGAAGGUAUAGCCACAGCUCUAGAUACUCUAUGUCCCCAAGCUUACGGUUCUGGCAACUACGAGUUGGUCAACAUCUUCGUGCAACGGUGUACCGUGUUCUCCUGGAUGGUGUACAUUCCUUGUGGAAUAUUGUGGUGGUAUUCGCAUCACGUAUUGCAAUACGUCAUUUCUAGUAAAGAGGUUCUAGAGCUUACGACUUUGUUCUUGAGAGUGUUGAUCUUAGGUGCUCCAGCGUAUAUUAUGUUCGAAAAUGGUAAGCGUUUCUUACAAGCCCAGGGUAUCUUUGAGGCUGGAACGGGGAUACUUUUUGUCAGUGCACCAGUGAACAUAUGCUUAUCCUAUUUUUUGGUAUGGAACCAGACGUACGGCAUAGGCUAUGUAGGAGCACCGAUCGCAGCUGUAGUCAACUUCUGGUUGAUGUGCACCUUGAUGGUACUCUAUGUAAAGUAUAUUGAUGGAGGUAAGUGCUGGUUCGGUAUUGCUUCCUUCCUGGAAAUCUUCCAACAGUGGAACGAAUUGUCACAGUUAGCCAUUCCUGGCAUUGUCAUGUUGGAGUCAGAGUAUUUGGCAUAUGAAAUAAUGACCUUGUUUGCAUCCUACUUCGGAACAACCGAGUUAGCUGCUCAGAGUGCUGUUUCUAGUAUCGCAUCAUUAACUUAUAUGGUUCCGUUUGCUGUAAGUAUCGCUGCAUCAACGAGAAUCGCUAACUUCAUUGGCGGGCAGAAUAUUGAAGGAGCAAGAACCGCUACAAAGAUGGCAUUGGUAAUAGCGCUUUUUGUGGCUACAUUAAACUGUCUUGCAUUAUUUACAUUCAAAAAACAGAUAGCCCAACUUUUCUCACAAGAUGAAGGUGUGAUAGCGUUAGUUGUGCAAUUGUUCAACCCGCUAGUGUCUAUAAUCCAGAUUUUCGACGGUACGGCUUCGGUAGCUAGCGGUAUCUUAAGGGCACAAGGUUCACAGAAGAUAGGUGGAGUCAUUAACUUCGUUGCCUACUAUGCAUUUGCCUUACCGCUAGCACUUGUUCUCAGUAAAAUUGGCGGUCUUAAACUUAUUGGGCUCUGGCUAGGAAUUGGUAGCGGCAUGAUCCUUAUUGGGCUUAGUGAAACGCUUGUGAUUAUAUUCAGCGACUGGGAGGAUAUUGUCUUGAAGGCAGGUUUGCGUAUGGAGCAAGAUAUAGAAGAUGAAGAAGAGGCUAGUAUAUAG